UGAAAUGUUCACUCAGUGGUUGUACGGGAUCACAAACCCAUCAUAAGUGUAAACAAAAGAUAAAGUUACGUCUUCAGAGGUGGAAGCUACAUCGAGUCCUUAGUCACAUGAUGCUCAAGACAGUUGCACAAGAUCGUCCACUGCCCACAUGGCUGCAAACAAGGAUGACUUCCCCAUCAAGAAUGAUGUCAAGUGAACCUGAUUAUGGUGCAGCCCUGGGCCUCAUCAACCACCUGCCAACAGAACAACUUCGUGACCUUGUCAAUAAUGAUGAUAAACUCACUGACCUUGUGAAGGAUCUGCCAGAGAUGAAGAACUUGGCCAAUGAACAAGAGAUGCUGCUUGCUGCCAACAAGUCCUUGGCAGAAUUCAAUUUGUCACUGGAACCAAAAUUAUCACAGGCCAAACAAACUAUAAUAUCUAAAUAUCAAGAGGCAGCACAACUUUCAGAGGAGGUUAACACACUGAAGGAGGAAGUUGACUCUUCCAGUGGCCAGUACACAGCAGAUAGCAUUGUAGCUCUCAUGCAGUCAUUCACCCGUACCACAGAGGAGGAAACAGAGAACCUUGUCCAGUCAUUCUUAGACAAGGAGCAAGAAGUGGAUGAGUUCUUGUCUGAAUUCUUGUCAAAGCGAAAGUUAGCACACCUAAGGAGAAUCAAGGCUGACAAGAUUACGGACAUCAUCAACCAGCAGAACAGCAGCUCCCACAACACCCCAUAUCCAGCACCACCCUCUGCUGGGGGAGGCCUAGGCUAUGGAGGAUCACAAUGGGGUACUCCAUAUCCAACUCAACCUGUCAACAUGCCCCUGCCUGGAUUCCCUUAAGGCAGCAAUACAGUAAAAGAAGUCAGUGAUUGUGUUACCAGUAAUCAACAUUGAUGUGUGAACAAGUUAUUGAAAUGUGCAUUGAGGUUAUCUUCAUUAUUCUUUACUCUGUCACCUUUUCUUCUGAUUAUUUUCUUGUGGGUGACUGGGUAUAUUAGGAAUCAUGUUGAGUUAAGCACCACCAUCUUGUGUUCCUCAAUGCAGGAAUAUUAGACAAGAUUUUCUCCUACAUAUUUAUUCAGACUUUAUUUUUUAUGUAUUUGUAAAAAAAUUCUUAUUUAUUAUUUUUCCUUUCGGUAAUUUCUUUUAAAGCUGGCACACACACACACACACACACACACACACACACACACACACACACACACACACACACACACACACACACACACAC